AUGAGCCCUGGUUCUCCUUUCCUUGCUCUGGCCUCACAGGAGGAGCUGGCCGCGAGCCGUGGGCCACGCUGGCCUCAGCCAGAUUUCCUGGCCAAAAGCGGGAGGAGAGAUGCCCUGGACCGUCCUGCUCUUUGCAGCCGGCUCCUUGGCGAUCCCAGCACCAUUCAUCAUGCUGGUGCCCCCACACCCCAGCAGCCAAGAGGACCCCAUCCACAUCUCGUGCAUGGCCCCCGGGAAUUUCCCAGGGGCGAAUUUCACAUUGUACCAAGGGGAGGAGGUGGUGCAGCUCCUGCAGGCCCCCGCGGACCAGCUCAAGGUCAUCUUCAACCUGAGUGGUGGCAGCAGGGAGGUUCCAGGCGGACCAUUCCGCUGCCAGUAUGGCGUGCUCGGCGAGCACAGGCAGCCCCAGCUGUCGAACCUCAGUGAGCCCGUGCACGUCUCCUUCCCAGUGCCCACCUGGAUCCUGGCACUUUCCUUGAGCCUGGCUGGAGCCUUCCUCCUCCUCGCUGGGCUGGUGACCAUUGUUGUAGUCCUCAGGAAAGUUAAAGUAAAAAACUUGCAGAAGAAACGGGAACGAGAAUCCUGCUGGGCCCAGGUUAACUUCGCUGCCACAGACAUGGCCUUCGAUAACUCCCUGUUUACCAUCUCGAAAAUGACUUCAGAAGAAGAUGUAAGCACCCUGGAUGCUCCCUCAGGUUCCGCUGAGACAGCUGACAACUCCAGGCCCCGGAAGAGGCCCACCUCCACGUCAUCCUCACCUGAGCCCCCCGAAUUCAGCACAUUCCGGGCCUGCUAGGGGAGCCCCUCUCUGUCUGUGUGCCCUCCAUUCAGCCCUCCCCCUUGAGCUGGCAGGGCUUUGUAGGGCCUCAGGUCCCUCCAGCUACUUUGGGGACUUCCAGCUGCUGCUUUUUCAGGGAUGUGAACAGAGCAGAUGAAGGGGGACUCCUGGCCUUGGGACCUUCCUCGUAAAGGAGCAGGAGUGGGAGAGGGCAUGCAAGCAUCGGAGGCUGGACAGAAAGCCCCUCUGGCUUCCCAGCUUCUCAGAUCACCAGGGAAGGAGAUGUUAGGAUCCUUCUUGGCCUUCAGCUGGGCUAUUAUGAAGUCUGAGCUCUCAGCACACCCCUCCGGUUUCUUCCUUCCCAUGCCACACCUGACUUCGCCAACCUGACUGGGUUUCUGGAGCAUAGGGUACCCGGGGGUAUAUUCUAUGUGCCCUGCUGGCAUGCCUAAGUUAUUAAUUAUAAUGUUUUGAGCUGUUCUCAAGGCCUCUAUAGAGUGUAGUCCUUCAAGCCUGGGAUCUCUGGGGUCCAAUAACUGAUUGUGGGGGUAGGGGCAGUACCCCUCAACUGCAUGCAGUCGGGAUGGUGUAUGGGGGUGGCCCAUGGGGGU